AUGCGCCUGUCAGAGCAGAGCCUGCUGAGCAGGCGAGACCUUCCCAGUGUCGACACGGGAGACCCCUUCAUCCAAACCUCGUACGUGUACACGGUCAGUUCGUGCAUGCUCCUGGUGGUCGUGUUUUUCGUCGUGCUGCCGGGCGCGCUCAUCCCCUACUUCCGAAAGGUGCGUUAUCUGUCGGAGCUACCCCACAUGGAAGACCAGGGUCGACCUCGACACCAAGGGCCAGCGGGGGCCUUCACACUGUGCCAGCUGAACGUCGAAAGCUUCGCGAGACCCGACCCCUGGACCUACAAGGUGGAGUUCAUUCCGACCAAACUCUGUUCUCACGUUGUCUUCUCCGUCCCGGGUCUGAAGGACUGGUUCAACGACAUGAUCAACUACGACGUGUACCACAACGCCACCAAACCGGUCUUUUGGCCCGCGGUGCGAGCGCUCCGGCUCAAGGGACCCAGGCUGCUCGUGAGUGUCGGCGCCUUCGAGAACGUGACCAGCCUCAUAUUUCACGUGGCCAACAACGCAGAUGUGACGGCGAGGUUCUCCCGCAACAUGGUCCGCUGGCUCCUGGGCAACUCUCUGGACGGCGCUCUCUUUACGGGCAUGUUCCCAGCACGCCCGGCGACGCGCAACGCUAUGGUGCGGCUCGUCAAGAAGCUCGGCUCCUUGUUCAAAGUGCACCAGCUCCAGCUGGGAGUCGUGGUGCCACCCAAAGCCGGGAUCUUCCAGACCCGCAACGCGGCCGUCAAGCUCGCCCAGUUCGUCGACCUGCUGGUGGUCAAGGUGCGCAAGGAGCCGUCCUGGAAGGCGGCGGCCGAGAGCCGCGCCAGCAUGGAAGCCGCCAUCGCGCUGCUUCGACGCUGCGGGGUCCCCGUGUCCAAGCUGGUGCUCACGCUCAGCCUGGAGGCCAGCUCGUUCCGGAUCGCGGAGGGCCUCGAGGCGGCGGACCUGUCCAUUUCCAGCACGCUGCCUUACUACACCGUCUGCGAACGCCUCAAACAGGGCAACUGGGAAACCGCGUUCGACUCGGAUUCUCUGUCGAGCUUCAUCCACAAGAACCACGAGUGGGUGAUCUUUGACGACAGCAGAAGCAUCGACCUCAAGAUGUGCGUGCUUCACAACGCGUCCCUGGCCGGAGUGCUGGUGUGGGACAUCAGCGUCGACGACUUUCGCGGCCUGUGCGGCACAGUCCACCCGUUGCUGGCAGCCGUGCACAAGAGCCUCGUGCGACAAGACCCGGCGACUAACGUCACCAAGCUCAGAACAUCCUGACGCUGGCCGCUCUUGCUGACACCAAUUAACGCGAUUCGGUGGCUGGAGUGCAAUUAAAGAUACAAAUG